UUUCCAUGCUCUUCGGCUUUUUAGUAAACAUGCCUUCGGGAUGGACUUACCACCACAUGACUUUGUUGAUAUCUCAAGGCAAAUUACCACCAAAACAAGUGGACUUCCUUUAGCUCUUGAGAUUAUCGGUUCCUCACUUUAUGGCGAGAGCAAAAAGUUUUGGAAAGGCACUUUGCAAAAAUUAGAGUUGGUGCCCAACCAAGUUGUCCUCAAUAAAUUAAAAAUCAGUUAUGACAUGUUAGAGCCUCAUCAAAUAGAGAUCUUUCUUGAUAUUGCAUGUUUCUUCAUUAGAAAAGAUAGACUCCACCCGUGUUAUAUGUGGAAAGCUUCCAACUAUUUUCCAAAGAGAGAACUACUUGUCCUUAGUCGUAUGUCUUUGUUAAGGAUAACAAAAGAUGAUACAUUAUGGAUGCAUAAUCAACUUAGAGAUCUUGGAAGAGAAAUUGUUCGGCGCGAAGAUGUCAAUUUUCCAAGGAAUCGUAGUAGGUUGUGGGAGCCCAAGAUUGCCUUUGAUGUGGUUCGGAUGAAAGAGGGGACAUACAAAGUUGUGGCACUCAGAUUAACAAGACUAUACAAAGAGCAUAGUUUCACAAGUGAAGAAUUUUCAAAGUUGCCCAAUCUAAGAUAUCUGGAAUUAGAGGGCGGGAACUUGGUAGGGGACUUUAAGAAUCUUCUCUCCAAGUUAACAUGGCUCUCUUGGAGUAAUUGCCCUUCGGAACUAAACGUGAUGAAUUUGUGUCUUGAGAAAUUAGUCGUGCUCAAGCUUUCGGGAAUUAACAUUACUGAAGGUUGGGCCGGAUGGAGGUCAUGCCUGAUGAGCAAGGACUUGAAAGUUAUAGAAAUCAAUUCUUACCCAGGCUUAAAAAGGACUCCCGACUUCUCGAAAUGUUUGAAUUUGAAGAGAUUGGUUAUUAAACAGAGUACAAACUUGCUAGUGGUUGAUGGCUCUCUCUCUAAACUAGAGCACCUGAAGCACUUCGAAAUCAUCUCUUGUGAAUCCCCGAAGAGGGAUGGUUGCGAACAUUAUCCGGUGCCUUUUGUAUUAGGUAGUCUAAAAUCAAUGUCAAAGCUAGGAAUGAGAGGGAUGCACCUUCAAGAACUUCAUCAUUCCAUUGGACAAAUGACGCGUCUAGAGUAUUUGUCUUUAGAUUAUUGUUCUUUUCUUAAAACACUUCCAAACUCCAUUGGAGAUCUUAAAAUGUUGAGGUGGAUAAGUCUUAUUGGAACUUCGAUAAAGAAGCUACCAAGAACAAUGGGAAAAUUAGUGUCUCUGCUUGAACUAGAUUUGAGCAUGACGAAAAUCAAAAAUUACCUACUUCUAUUAGAAAUCUCAAACGGUUGGAGAUUUUAAGUCUAAACAA